AUGCCUAGCACUUCUUUAUCUACUCUAAUUUGUGAUGAGCAAAAUCUUCCCGAGUCUCCCAUUGUUGAGCCUCAAGUUGAAAGAGUUGAGAGUCAAAGAGUUAAUGAUGAUCAAGAUUUUAAUAUCAAUUAUCUUGAACGUGAUCCAGGAUUACGUCGUCUAAUAUGCAAAUAUUCAGUGAAUGAACAAGAUAAUGUGCGAAGAGCAUAUAUUCUUUUAGGGCCAUGUCAACCCGAGUUAGAAGAUUAUCCAAGCCACUUAGAAGAGAAAAUCUUACGUCAAUUUAAUAAAAAGUGGUUUGGUCAAUUCUCUUGGCUUGAGUAUUCAGUUGCUAAGAACAAGGCAUUUUGUUUUCCUUGUUUCCUAUUUGAUAGGACUCAAUCAUUUCCAGCCUUUACUGUUGAUGGGUUUCAAAGUUGGAAGAGAAUUGGUGGGAAUCAUUGUGCAUUUCAACAUCAUGUAGGCAAACUAAAUUCACCACAUCAUCUUUCUAUGCAAAAGUGGAUUAGCUUAAAAAAUCCUUAUGUUCAUAUUGAAGAAGUGGUAGAAAAGCAAUCAAAUCAACAAGUGAUGGACAAUCAGUUGCGACUUACAACCACAACAGAGGGCAUUAGGUAUCUAGCAAAUCAAGCAUUGGCUUUUCGAGGCCAUGAUGAAUUUAUUGGCUCAUCUAAUCGAGGCAAUUUCGUUGAAAUCAUAAAGUGUUUUGCAAAAAUGAAUAUGGAAGUUGAGAAAGUUGUCCUAGAUAAGGCUCCUCAAAAUGCUCAGUAUAUUUCCAAUGACAUACAAAAACAAAUCUUGCAUAUUUUUGCUACCAAGGUGAGGAAGACAAUUUGUAGAGAACUUGGGAUGAACAAAUUUUGUAUUCUUGUUGAUGAAUCACUUGAUGAAUCGGGUAAAGAACAAAUGGCUAUUAUUCUAAGAUUUGUUGAUGGUCAAGGAUUUAUUCGUGAGCGUUUUUUCGACAUUGUGAGUGUUGCAGACACUAAUGCCUUGACUCUUAAAAAAGAGAUAUGCAAAGUGCUUGGUAAUAAUGGCAUUCUAAUGGAAAACAUGCGUGGUCAAGGGUAUGAUGGUGCUAGUAAUAUGCGUGGUUCAUGGAAUAGAUUACAAGCAUUGUUUCUUGAAGAUUGUCCAUAUGCAUAUUAUGUGCAUUGUUUUGCUCAUCGCUCGCAAUUAGCAUUAAAUGGCGCAGCUAAAUAUGUGAAAGAGUUGUUGGAUUCUGGAGAACUUGAGACAGGUAAAGGACUUAAUCAAGCUCGUACUUUGAAACGAGCUGGAGCAACUCGUUGGGGAUCUCAUUUUGCCUCUAUUACAAGUUUGAUGAGUCUAUUUAAAGAGACUAAAUUACUUCUUUUAGAAAUCAGUGAUCAUGGACCUAACCAACAGUUUCGUGGCGAUGCAGAGAGUAACUAUAUUGCUAUGAUGUCUUUUGAGUUUGUGUUUUCAUUGGUUUUGAUGGAGAAAAUUAUGGGAUUGACCAAUUUUCUUUGUCAAGCAUUUCAGACGAAAACUCAAGACAUUGUGGUACUGAGACGAAACCAUAGACAGGCGGUAGGCUUCAAUCGGAGAUUUAAUGAAGUUUUGGCGAUCAAAAUAAGCUCGAUGGCGGAACCCUCUCCCUCGUCACUGUGCAAACCGAACGGAAACCACCGUGAUGCCACCGCCACAGUCCACGACCGCCCUCGAGACCGGUCCCGUUCGACUCGUCGUGAAGUUCCGAUCAAAACCCACCUGUUAUCCCGACCGAAAAGCUCGAAAUCCGGCCACGAUAUUGACUGGUUCAAACCGGAGGUUUUCGCGCUAUUGCACCGCCGUCUCCGCCGUCCAUUUCCGGCGAACCAGGAAUUCGCGGAUCGUGAAUCGGAGCCCCGGAUGUUCCGAUUCAAUAAUUUGAAGUUUGUGGGAUUAGCGAUAACCGUAGGAUGGGAAGCGAUUCCCAAACCUGUAACCGGACCUUAG